AUGGCUGGAAAAAUCACCUUCUACGAGGACAGGAACUUCAUGGGACGCUCCUAUGAGUGCAGCAGCGACUGUCCCGACAUGUCCUCCUACCUGAGUCGCUGCCACUCAUGCAGGGUGGAGAGCGGCUGCUGGAUGGUGUACGAUCACCCCAACUUCAUGGGAAACCAGUAUUUCCUCCGUAGGGGUGAUUAUGCCGACUACAUGAACAUGUGGGGCUGGGGCAACAACUGGAUCAGGUCCUGCCGCAUGAUCCCUAUGUACAGGGGCUCCUACAGAAUGAGGAUGUAUGAGAGGGAGAACUUCAUGGGUCAGAUGAUGGAGGUGACUGAUGACUGCGACUCCAUCAUGGAUCGCUACCACUGGUCAGGGGGAUGCCACUCGUGCCACAUUAUGGACGGCCAUUGGCUCAUGUACGAGCAACCACACUACAGGGGCAGGAUGUGGUACUUCAGACCCGGAGAGUACCGCAGCUUUAGGGAGAUGAUGGGAAUGAGCAACAUGAAGUUCAUGAGCAUGAAGCGCAUCAUGGAUUCCUGGUAUUGA